AUGACACGCAAGCGAUUUGAAGUCCUUCUGGGUAGUGGAAACUACUUUCGCUGGGAGUGUAACCUGCGCAUGACGUUGGAGCGCAAUGGGCUGCUGUUGCACGUUCAAGUCACCAAGAAAGAGAAAGAGAUGACUGACGCCUGGCUGUCCAACGACGCUAAGGCAUUGGGUAUAAUCGCUCAAGGCAUAAAAUUUCAACACCAGACCAAAAUACGAUGGGCAACAACAGAUAUGCACGCUUGGGACAUCUUGCGGGACUUCUACAACCGCAUCACGCUCCACAAUCGUGUCGAGAUGACACGUCGUCUGCAUGAGUUCAAGAUGAAGAAUGCUUCGACCAUGUCGAAGCACUUGGAUGAUUUCGACGAGCUUGGUGUCGGCCCCCAGACACUUGUAGAGCCAGUCGAUGACUCUCGGCAGUUAGUGGUGCUGCUUAGCAUUCUUCCAAUGGACUAUGAGCUCAUCUCGUCAAUUGUGGCGAAUUCUAAGUAUAUAAAGGAGACGAUGGAGAAGACGUUUUCUGUAAGCAGCAACGGUAGACGGUUCAAGGGAGGCCAAGGCAACGGCCGCAAGGGAGACAAUCUACGGAAAAUCAACGCUGGAAUUAAAGGCAAGUACUUUAAGUGUGGCCAAGUCGGACACUACAAGCGGGACUGCCUGACGCGUAGCAAUGGCGAGGAAGAAGGUGCUGUGUUUGCUGCUGGUCUGGACGGUCGACGGAUAAUGAUGGUCGAGGUCAUGCACAUACCAGGACUUGACAAACGAUUGUUGUCCGUUGGCAAGCUGGCAGGACGAGGCAUGAGGUUUAAGUUCCAAAGCUCAUCCUGCGUCAUUUGGAGUGCCAAGCGCGCGAUUGCAAGCGACAAGAAGAUUAGCAAGGCGCGCUUCCUGAAUUGCGAACAAGAAGAAGGUCGUCUUAUGGAAUACGCAGGGGCUGAAAUUGAGUGGGAGCUCUGGCACGCUCGCUUGGAAAACCCCGAAAGGUCUGGUGUGACAAGACACAGCGCGCUACGAGUGGUAUGCCGGCGGUAA